AUGGCAGAGUGUGAAAUCCUGAAGACUGAUCCCAGUCAAAAGCGCCGAGGAAGGCAGCGUCAUAAACGGCUGGCCAGGAGCCGCCCGCCCAAUGGGAGGGAAGGCCCCGCCUGCUUCCAGCUGGCCAUGGCCGCUCUCUCCAGCUGCCGCCUAGCCGAAGUGCAGCGCCGCGUGGCCGAGGUGCACCGCCAAAGCGAUCUGCAGCAGCUGCUAGGCUUCUACAACGGCUGGGCCCAAGACUAUGACCAGGAUGUGGCAGUGUUGCAAUACCAGGCCCCAAGUCUGGCCGCUGCUUUCUUGGCCUCCGUUUUCCAGGGUUCAGCUGAGGAUGCACUAGUACUGGAUGUGGCCUGUGGCACAGGACUUGUGGCCCAGGAGCUUCAGGCAAAAGGUUUUCGCCAUCUCCAUGGCCUGGAUGGCAGCCGGGAGAUGUUGGAACAUGCACAGCACAAAGGACUGUACGAGGAUUUGAAGUUGUGCUUGCUGGGCCAGGAAACCUUACCAGCUCCUGAAGGCUCUUAUGAUGCUACUGUGAUUGUGGGUGCGCUCAGUGAGGGACAAGUGCCCUCUGGUGUCAUUCCGCAACUACUUCUGGUCACCAAACCAGGUGGCUACGUGUGUCUGACCACACGAAACAACUCAAGCAACUUACGAUACAAGAUUGAAUUGCAGCAGUUGCUGAAUGACCUGGAGCAGCAAGGAUUGUGGGAAAAGGUUGGGAUGCAGGAAGUUGAAAAAUGGGAGAGAGCAACAUCACAUCAGGAAUCCGAUCAGGACUCAGACUAUAUCUCUGGCGUGGUCUACAUAUACCAAAAAAAAUAAAAGUCUGGUUUAAACAU